AUGGCGAAUCACAGUGGUGUCACGAUGGAUGGGGACUCAAUGAGAUAUGCCGAAUACACACCGAAGUCAAGCAUGCGAAGUGAAACAGAUAUUGACAAACGUCUUGGUGGCACUCUUAUAGCAGUCGGGCUUGGAGUCGCAGCUGCAGGGUUUGCAGGUCGUUAUGCCUUUCAGUUAUGGAAACCUCUGGGUCAAGUCAUCUCGGAAACGGCCAAAAAAUUUCCCACUUCGUCAUUCUCAGCAUAUUACAAAGGUGGAUUUGAACAGAAGAUGACUAAGCGAGAAGCCAGCCUUGUCUUGGGAAUCAGCCCGAACAGCACCAAGGCAAAGAUACGAGAGGCCCACAGGAGGAUCAUGGUCCUAAAUCAUCCAGACAAAGGUGGAUCUCCUUAUUUGGCAGCGAAGAUCAAUGAAGCAAAAGACCUGCUCGAUUCUAGCCCUCGGCGUUGACCUGAGUGCACGCUGUCUCCAACCAAGCAUCGCUCAGCUGCCUCCAUUCCCCUCAGCCUCUGCAGACGUGCAUCUUACAACCGCGUUUUCAAAACUUUAUCAGCCGCGGCCGAUUCCUCUUCUUCCUCUUCACGGAAAAGGUGAAACAAGGAGAUGUUUUUUAAUAUUGAAGGACCACAGUGCCAUAGAGCUGAAAUUGUAAUAUUUAUUCAUUUAUGUAAUGAAUGUGUUCAUGUCUUGAGAUUUCUGGUUACAGAUGAGCUGUGGUUCAUGUCAUACGGAUACCGUGGUAUAAUCAUAGUAUUUCCUGUGUCACUGAAAAGGUGCAAUGUACUGAAAGUCAGACACCGCAUAAGGGUGC